AAAGCAGCAGAAAGCUGUUCACUCCCCCACAGGAAACUACACGCAUAAUAAAUGAGUCAGUGUGAGCUUACAGAAACAGAAAGUACAACGCCUGAUACAAAAGGAAGAAUAAUUUUAAAAAAUACAUUAAGAAAAUAGAAAUAAAUCGGAACUAUUUCAAAGGUCCCAAAGCGAGAGGGAGGAGUGAUGUCGAUGGUCAGAAACAGGGAGUUUAUCUGAUGAAACCUUAUCUGCUUUGGCUUGAGAGCACAUGUUGAUAGGUUGAUGUGUGUUCCUGUCAGAGAGGACAGUCGACUACUUCGUUUACAAGUCGAGGCCUAAUGGUUAGAAAAUCGGACCAUACUACACCAUACUUGCCUACACAUCACAUCACUUUGACUUCACUUCACUUCACUUUUAAAGAGCCGGAAACACCGAAACUGCAACUCCCGUGUGUGCGUCGCAUGCGGAAGCAACAAUGUCAGAAGACAAUUUCUUGGAGUUUCUCCAGGAUCUUUUAAAUAACCCGAUUUUGAGGAGCUAUUUUUGUGUUUCCUGAAUGCUGAGAGGCGUCUUACAGCGUGUGCCAUCCCAAAACUACGGUGCUAUGCCAAGCUGAACCCCGGUCGAGUUAGCGGGAGGAGUCUCGCCUUCGAGGUAAAUGAGAGGAAGAUGAACGCCAGUCACAUGUCUUGCAAUAACACUACUGAGCCCCAAGGGACGCCGAUACAGAACUAUCAGCAUCAGAUCUAUGCCGUCUUCUACACUGUGAUUCUUGUUCCCGGACUGAUUGGUAAUGUCCUAGCGCUCUGGGUUUUUUACGCCUACAUAAAGGAGACGAAGAAGGCUGUAAUAUUCAUGAUCAACCUGGCCAUCGCCGAUCUGCUGCAGGUGCUAUCACUACCUCUGCGCAUCUACUACUAUUUGAACAACUCGUGGCCUUUCGGUAACGCCGCCUGCAUGCUCUGUUUUUAUUUGAAAUACGUCAAUAUGUACGCCAGCAUCUACUUCCUGGCUUGCAUCAGCGUGAGACGCUGUCAACUCAUCAUCCAGCCGCUGCGCUGCGGGAGCGCGAAAAGACGUCAGGAGCGCGGCUUGUGUUUAGUCGGGUGGUUCGUCGUGUGUCUGGGAUGCCUUCCGUUCCCUCUUCUACGAAAACCCCACCCCGAAACAAAGGAGUUGUGCUUCGCCGAGUUGCCCAUGAUGCAACUCAGCAGAGCGCUAGGAGUGUCCCUGGUGACGUUCGCGGAGCUCACGGGCUUUCUUCUGCCGCUAGUUAUAGUGGUCACCUGCUCGUGGCUGACGGCGGCGAGUCUGCGUCAGAAGACCUGCGUGCUGCAGGACACCGGGGAAAAGCACAAGGCCCUCAAGAUGGUGCUGACUUGCGCCGGCGUGUUCCUGGUUUGUUUCGUGCCCUAUCACGUCACUUUCCCUUUAGACUUCUUGGCCAAAUCAAACUGCAACGUUAGUUCCACUUUCAAGAACGCCGUGCUCCACGCUCACCCCAUCACCUUGUGUCUAGCCAGUCUGAACUGCUGUCUGGACCCAGUCAUGUACUACUUCACUACUGACGAGUUCAAGCGGCGUCUGUCCAGGCCAGAAUUUCAAGAAAGUUUGCAGUUGCAGCACAGAAUUUCUUUAUCUACAAAUACCACGGCCUGUGGUCGAAACCAGACAGACGAAUUGCAGACAGAGACGACGCAGGGGCUUUGUCUUUAGCUUUCUGUGUGCACAACCGAUAAACUCUUCUGCCCUUGGACAAAGGGGCAUUUAUUUAACCCCAAAACAGAAAUACUGGGAAAUCUUAUUAUAUUUCUACUUGAAUAUAUAUAUUAAGAUGAAAUCAAUUGCUGUGAUCAAAGCUGAAUUUUCAGCAACAUUUCUUCACUGUCACAUGGCCCUUCAGAAAUCAUUCUAAUAUGCUGAUUUGCUGCUCAUUGCUCAAGAAAUAUUACUGAUUACCACAGCUGUGCUUCCUAAUUUUUUUGUGAAAACCAAGUGUGCUGCACACGAUCUAAAAAGUGAAGCCAAAACAUUUUGAUCGCCAUCUGGUGGCUGACUGCAGUAUAGCUCAGAACCCCUCCCCUCCAUGUAAACCAAUGGUAUGCGAGCCAAAAAAAAAAAAAAAUUACACACAAAAAAAAAAAGUAAAAUAAA